AUGGCCGACGCUCUCAAAGCCGAGGGCAACAAAGCCUUCUCUGCCAAGGAUUACGCUACUGCGGUUGAGAAAUUCACCCAGGCCAUCCAGAUUGAGCCCGAGAAUCAGAUCCUCUAUUCCAACCGGUCGGCAGUCUUUGCUGCUCAGUCGCAGUACGAGAAGGCGCUUGAGGAUGCCAACAAGGCGACCGAGAUCAAGCCCGAUUGGUCCAAGGGUUGGGCCCGAAAGGGUGCCGCCUUCCGUGGUCUUGGAGACCUCUUGGCUGCCCACGAUGCCUACGAAGAAGCCCUGAAGAUCGAACCCGGUAACGACCAGGCCAAGUCCGGCUUCAAUGCCGUCAAGCGGGCCAUUGAGGCCGAGGCCCAGGCCGAUGGCGCCCCCGCCGACCCCAUGGGUCUGGGUGGCAUCUUCAACGACCCCCAGCUGUUCCAGAAACUCGCCAGCAACCCCAAGACCUCCGCUCUGCUCGCGGACGGUGAGUUCAUGGCCAAGUUGAAGCGUGUGCAGCAGGACCCCCAGAGUGUUGGUGCCGAGAUCCAGGACCCGCGUUUCCUGCAGGUGAUGAGCGUUCUGCUGGGUAUCGACAUGAGCUUCGGUGCUCCGCCGGAGUCGGCGGGCGGCGCGAAGCCCGAGGCGGAGGAAGACGCCCCGAUGCCCGACGCUCGCCCCCAGAAGAAGGAGCCCGAACCCCAGCCCGAGCCCGAGCCGGAGGAUGAGGAGGCGCUGGCCAAGAAGAAGGCCCAGGAGGCCGGAGACGCGGAGAAGAAGAUUGGCAACGAUUUCUACAAGAAGCGCCAGUUCGACGAGGCCAUCGAACACUACACCAAGGCCUGGGAGCUGCACAAGGACAUCACUUACCUGAACAACACGGCUGCCGCCAAGUUCGAGAAGGGCGACUACCAGGGCGCCAUCGAGACCUGCAAGAACGCGAUCGAGGAGGGCCGUGAGGUCCGCGCCGACUUCAAGACGAUGGCCAAGGCGUUUGGCCGCAUCGGCACGGCGUACGAGAAGCUGGGCGACCUCGCUCAGGCCAUCGAGUACUACAACAAGUCGCUGACCGAGCACCGCACCCCCGAUAUCCUGAACAAGCUCCGCAGCGCCGAGAAGAACAAGGCCAAGGCCGAGAAGGAGGCCUACAUCGACCCCGCCGAGGCCGAGAAGGCCCGCGAGCUGGGCCAGAAGAAGUUCCAGGAGGCCGACUGGCCCGGUGCCGUCGACGCGUUCACGGAGAUGACCAAGCGCGCCCCGCAGGACCCCCGCGGGUUCUCCAACCGCGCCGCGGCGCUGAUCAAGCUGAUGGCGUUCCCGCAAGCGGUGGCGGACUGCGAUGAGGCCACGGCCCGCGACCCCAAGUUCAUCCGUGCUUACGUGCGCAAGUCGCAGGCACUGGUGGCGAUGCACGAGUACAACAAGGCCCUGGAUGCGUGCACCGAGGCGUCGGAGCACGACGACGGCAAGCACGCUCGGGAGAUUGAGCAGCAGCAGCAGAAGUGCCUGGACGGACAGUUCAGCGCGCGCGCCGGCGAGACCGAGCAGCAGACCAUGGAGCGGAUCCAAAAUGAUCCUGACAUCAUGGCCAUCCUGCAAGACCCCGUCAUGCAGAGCAUCCUCCAGCAGGCCAAGACCGACCCGGCUGCCCUCCAGGAGCACAUGAAGAACUCGCAAGUGCGGACUCAGAUCCAGAAGCUGAUGGCGGCGGGUGUGAUCCGUCUUGGGCGGUAA